GCUCUGUCGUAAAUACUUAUGUAUACAUAUCUGUUGUAUAUAUAUAUAUAUAUAUUCUAAAACAUAAAUAUUUACAUAGAAAAAUUUCGAAAAAAUUCUAAAGAAUUAACAAGAUGUCGCAGUUUUGGGAACAAUAUGUGCGGUCUGCAUUCAGCCAGGUGAGAGGCAAUCUGUGGCUGCUCAGUGGCAAAGCCACCGGCUCGGCACUCUGGAAGCGUGUUACCUUUCUGGUAGCCACACCUGCCAUUGGCCUCUGUAUGAUCAACGCGUACAAGGGUAUGGGUGAAACGAAGGAAUUGCAGGUGCGCCAGCCGUUUGUCAAGUACGAGCAUCUGCGUCGUCGCAACAAACGCUUUCCCUGGGGCGAUGGAGAGCGGAGCCUGUUCCAUAAUCCCAAUGCCAAUCCACUGCCCGAAGGCUAUGAAGCUUAGUCCGGGAGCGACAGCCAACAGCCUGUUAAACAUUUCGUCUACAUUUUGUUCGUUGAUUAUAUCGGGCUGUUUGUUAAGGAUCGUUUCGUUCAUGUAGAUUGUUUCAAGAACUAACGGAAGUAGCUGCCUUCCUCCAUUUCCCUGUACCGGCAACCCGUCGGCAGCACCAAUCUAAUGUAAAUAAAAUCUGCACACAAA